GGCUGGGGCACGGCGUGGGCUGCGGGGGCAGGAGCAGGAGGCCGGGCGGAGCCCGCUCUGCAGCCGCCUGCCCUGUGGACCCGCGAGGCGCGGGAGCCCGGCUGUGGGCUAGCUCGCCGAGCCGCUGCCUUUGUGACGGUUCUUUUGCGCCGGCAGGUGCCGAUCGUAGCUUCACUUGCUCGAUAUCUCCUGCUUCUCAGGAAGUUCUGUCAGGAACAAGGAGGGCAUGGAGGCUGAGUUGCUAACUGCCCGGUCCCACACACUGGUGACCUUCAAGGACAUACUUGUGAACUUCACCAGGGAAGAGUGGAAACUGUUGGACACUGCUCAGCAGAUCAUGUACAAAGAUGUGAUGCUGGAAAACUACAGAAACCUGGUGUCUUUAGGGCAUCAGCUUCCCAAACCAGAUGUGAUCCUGCGGUUGGAGAAGGGGGAGGAGCCAUGGCUGGUGGAGAAAGAGAUUCACCAAGAGACCCAUCCAGAUUUGGAAACUCCAGUUGAAAUUAAAUCAACUUUCAGUAAGAGCAUUUCUAAAGAUAAAUACUCCUGUGAUGUUAAAAUGGAAAGAAUGGCAAAGAGUGAUCUCUGGUAUUUGUCACUGGAAGAAGUCUGGACAUGUGGUGGUCAGUUGGACAGGCCCCAGGACAGCCAGGAGAGACAUCUGAGGCAAGUGGCAUUCACCCAAAAGAAAGUACUUCCUCAGGAGAGGGUAUAUGAAAAUAGGAAGUACAGGGGAAACUGUCUUCUGCCUGCUCAACUAGUACUGCAAGAGUAUUUCUAUAAACAUGACUCAAAUCCUAAAAAUUUGAAACACAGUUUGGUUUUCAGUGGUCAUCAGGAAAGCUGUGCAAGCAACAGUAAUGAAUCCAGUCAAACUUUCUGUCAAAACAUCCACCUUAUUCAAUUUGCAAGAACUCAAGCAGGAGAUAAAUCAUACAGAUGCCCUGAUAACAGUUCUCUUACUCAUGGUGCAUCCCUUGGUAUAUCAAAAGGUACUCAUAGAGAAAAACCCUACGAAUGUAAGGAAUGUGGAAAAUUCUUCAGUUGGCGUUCUAAUCUUACCAGGCACCGACUUAUUCAUACUGGAGAAAAACCUUAUGAAUGUAAGGAAUGUGGAAAAUCUUUCAGCCGAAGUUCUCACCUCAUUGGACAUCAAAAGACUCAUACCGGUGAAGAACCCUAUGAGUGUAAAGAAUGUGGGAAAUCCUUCAGCUGGUUCUCUCACCUUGUUACCCAUCAGAGAACUCAUACAGGAGACAAACUGUACACGUGUAAUCAAUGUGGAAAGUCUUUCGUUCACAGCUCUAGGCUUAUUAGGCACCAGAGAACUCACACUGGAGAGAAACCUUAUGAAUGUCCUGAAUGUGGGAAAUCUUUCAGACAGAGCACACAUCUCAUUCUGCAUCAGAGAACUCAUGUUAGAGUGAGGCCCUAUGAAUGCAGUGAAUGUGGGAAGUCUUACAGCCAGAGAUCUCACCUUGUUGUCCACCACAGAACUCACACUGGGCUGAAACCGUUUGAGUGUAAAGACUGUGGAAAAUGCUUCAGUCGAAGCUCUCACCUUUUCUCACAUCAGAGAACCCAUACUGGGGAGAAACCAUAUGAAUGCCAUGACUGUGGAAAAUCCUUUAGCCAGAGUUCUGCCCUCAUUGUACACCAAAGAAUUCAUACUGGAGAGAAACCGUAUGAGUGUUGUCAGUGUGGGAAAGCCUUCAUUAGAAAGAAUGACCUUAUUAAGCAUCAGAGGGUUCAUGUUGGAGAUGAGACCUAUAAAUGUAAUCAGUGUGGAAUCAUCUUCAGCCAGAACUCUCCACUUAUAGUAUAUCAAAUAGCUCACACCGGAGAGCAGUUCCUAACAUGUAAUCAGUGUGGGACAACACUUGUUAAUACCCCUAAUGUUAUUAGAUACCAGACAAAUCUUAUUAGGGAAAAUGCAUAUUAAUGUCAUAAAGACAGACUACUUCCCAAAGAGCAAUAACUUUAUUUAGCACUUGAGAGCUUCUUUAGGAGAGAAGUUGCUUUCAGUCUUGUUCCUACACUUUUGUGCACUAGAGAAUUGGCCCUGGAGGGGGAAAAACACAAAAUUUUCACCUUAGUAUGUCAAAUUGUCUUCUUUCCCCAAAUUCCUACAAAAGUGAUUGGUCUGGGAGCAUUCAUGGACAAGCCUUAAAUGCUAAAAUCUGAGAAGGAACCAUUAGGUAGGUGAGUUGUUGAUAAGCAAUCCAGCUUUGUUUCCUUCAAAACAAAUGAGAGCACUACCUCUAAAAGACAAAUGAGAGCUGUUGCUGAGGAGAAUAAAAAAUGGAUAUAGUUGUGGUAACAAACAAUAGAAAAUGAUAUUCCAGUGAAUUAAUAUCCCAUUUUUCACUUGAUCAUCCCUCUCUCCUGGGACACUUUGUAGUUCAUUUAGUUUUAUGCAUCUGAUAUAAACCAUACUUUGGCUAGCAGCAGGGAAGAUCUUAUAAUGAAAAGUGGUGAAGGAAGAACUCGUUUACUACCAGUAGUACCCAGGUUAGAUAUAUUUGCUUGUGGGCAAGAACUGAAAACGUAUAUAUGGAUAAAUGAACAAAAUUGAUAAUGGAAUUAUGAAUAAGUUUUACAGUCUAGCUGGUGUCACUGUAACAAUUUGAAGACACUUUUAAAUAUUAAAAAAGUAUAUUGGUUUCUCUAUUCCACUAUUAGUGAAGCUUGAGAACCUCCUGCUAGCAAACUUUCCCAUCACUUCUAAGUGUGUGUGGAGCCUUAGAAUUAUGCUUCUUGGGACAAGCUGCCAAAGGCUCCAGGGAGCUUAAACACAAUGCUUCUCUGGAUGUUGGGACCUAAAAGAGUGGCAAACUUGGGCACACUAGAGAGGGUCUCCAUUUGAGCAGGAGUGGGUGCCUGGGCAAUACCUAGCACAAGUAUGCUCCUAAAGUAAACAGUGUUGCUCAAGGCAACCCUCCUUCCAAAGUAGUCUCAUAUCUUUGUGAAGAAAACAGUGGUCAAGAGUGUAUAUUUGAGCUGGACUUCCAAGUUGAAAUCCCAUCUCUGUCCAUCACUUGCUGUGUGACCUUGGGCAUGCUGCCUGGCCUCUCUGUGUGUGAAUUACAGAUGUCCUCCUCUGCAGAUUAGAGAUGACAUCACUUACCUCAUGGGAUUGUGGUGAGUAGUAAAUGAGUAACAUACAAACAGUGCAGAAUAUGCCUGACAUGUAUGAAGUGUUUCAUUACAUUAGCUGUGAUUAUUAAUAUUACUUUAUUGUCCCACUCAAGUGUCUCUCAUUUACUUUAAACCGACUCAAUUGCUGGCAAGAACUGUCUGAGUUCUCAUUUCCCUUCCAGUUACACAUGUCUUCCCUUUUACCCACAUUAGAACUUAUCACCCAAGGAAUCACUCACCCACAGUGGGUGUUUGGAUAUAUUUAUGAGGAUUAGUAAACAACUUUUAAUCUUGUGUGCAAAAGCAAUCUGUUUUAUACAGAGGCUUUCCCUUCAGGGAGAGGAUCCUAGUCUUCAUAUUUUCUGUUUAGUCCAUGACCCAAAAAAGAUUUAGAAAGAGAACCUGUUUUAAUUCUCUGUUUCAUUCUGGCUCUUGUGUGUGUGUAGGGGGCAGGGGUGGGAGAAGGGACUGACCAUCAUUUGCCAUUUUCUAGCAAAUAAUACGUAUUGGUAUAUAUGUUAGAUGCUCAAUGAUUGCUGAAUGAUAUACUAUUGAGAACAACAGGAUGAUGUCCUUGCUUUCUCUCCCAGGACAAAUCUAGAAAUGCUCCUUAGACUUGAGAGACCUGAGACUUGCAGGAGUGAGAGGUCACAGCUCAUUCCUCCUGGUGCAGUUGAGGAGAAGCAAGUUGGCCCAGCCCUCACAUUUUGAGAACCUCCUGGUGCCUAAGUUAUGGCUGAGUAACUCCUCAGUGAUUACACACCAUUCAUGUGUUUAAUGUAGUUCUACCAAAAAUGGUUUUCAUUACAAGCAGUGGUUCUCUGUGGGUGUAAAAGAAGAGCCCCUCAGCUGUGCCUCUUAGAAUUUCCAAUAACCCAUGGCUCAAUUUUCCUGAACUGUGUAGUGGAGAUACUGCUGGUAUCUACCUCUGAAGGUAGUUGUGUGGAUUAAGUGAAAUAAUGUGUAAAGUACUUGAAACAGUGCCUGGCACAUAGGAAGUACUGUAUGUGUUUAGCUAUUAAUAAUAAUAAUAAUGUUACUGUUAUUAACACCCUAAGGAAUGUAUGUCUGUAGAUGAUCACUGAAGCAUUACUUACAAUAGUGUAAAAUUUGCAAUAUUAAAAAUGGAUAAUAGAAAAGUUGUUAUUUAUAGACAUUAAAGUUUCACAAACAGAAAGUUUGAUAACAUGGAAAAUGUUGUGAUGUUAUGAAAAAAGCAUGAUAAAUAAUUGUCAAUAUAUGGAGUAAGCUCAGCUAUAUAAAAUAAAUGAAUUUCAAACAACUGAAAUGAAUCUCACUCAAAACUUUAAGGAGAUUUAUCAAAAGAUUAGUAGUAGUUAACCUACAUAUUGGGAGAAUUGG